AUGCCAUUCACCGUGCGCGGCUCCGAACUCGAGCUUCCACUUGACGAUCUCAUAUUCUCGCCCGUUGUCCUAUGGAUAGACAGCAUGAGGCAGGAUAAGGUCCAGGAGGAUGCUGUUCUGCAAGGGGCGGUAUCCUCAAUCGUAAAUAUGGCGAAGGGAGCAAUCGUCCGAAAGAGCAAGGCGACGCUAGCCAACUACGCGGGUUCAAACAUGGACAAUAUCUUCGUCGGGGCGCGGUCCGCAUCGGAUUCGUCUGCCGCCAGCGUUCGCGUCCCUGACAUUAUGAUCGUUCUACGCCCAGAGACAGAUGCACACAAGAGACUUGUGCUUUUGGCCGGCGAGGUUAAGGCCUUUGAAAAGCCAAAGGACAAGGCGACCCGCUUCCAACAAGGAAUGGGUCAGUGUCUACUCUACCUUAUCCAGAGCAACGAAUGGUGCGGCACGUACUUGGGCCUCUUCGUCCUCAGCUCCCAAUUCUCCCGCAUGUACAUUCCUCACCACGGGGAGAUCAUGGUCGAGAUGAGAUCCAGGGCAGGAACAACUAUGACCGUAUCUCAAUUCUGUCAAGCAUCCGGACUGGAAGAUCAAAUGCCGCACGACAUGCUCGACGGACCGGACCUCAACGACGAGGAGCUGAGGGUCUUGUGGGACUUUAUUGCCCUAGUUCGCAGGAUCGCUGCCGCGAUGCCCGAUCCAUUGCCCGACACUGUGCCCCGCGCCGACGUUCCCCUCGGUCAGGAUCAAUCGGUCUGCCUCGACCCGAACGACCCCACCUCCCUUGUCGCCCUGAUGGAGCUUGCGGCGAAGGCUCAUCCCCGGGAGUUCCCCGCGUGGUGGACGAUUGUGAAGCGAGAACUGCUCCGCGAAGGGAGCGACGACCCUGUGCCUCCCGAUACUUACCGCAAAAGACAGAAGCGCUCUGUGGAGGCGCCGGCACCCUCGGGGGACGGACAUCCUACGACGGGUGGAGCGGGCAAGGCGGCCGUGGAGGAUGGGGUGGACGUGGCGGCCACGGUGGGCAGGGAGGAGGAGGAGGAAAGGGAGGAAGAGGCGGAGGAGGCGGAGGAGGCAAAGGAAGUAGAGGUGGCGGGGCAGACGACAGAGACGCCUACAACGGCGAUCAAAACGAAAGCCCGAGGGACCAGUACCCACGGACGGGCAACGAAACCUCCGAACGGCGUCCCGCCGGACCCGGCGAGAGUAAUCAACGACGUGCCGGGCGACCCGAAUGAGAACUUUGCGUCGUCAGCAGCUGUCACCCCAGACCCUUCAACCCCUCCGCUCAGCGACGUCGACGACGACGGAGCGAGUUUCCACACCCGCCGAUGGGUGCAUCAAAUUCGGAGCAUGAGUGCUCCCGAGACCCCUGGUCCAUCUCCAGAGAGACCAAUAAGGUUGUAUAGCCCGGAAGAGCUGUUUGGCGAAUCUCCGGAGCCGAGUACGAUUCUGCACGAGCCUGCGCCGUUCGACGAAGACGCCAUUGCCUUCCUUAUGGUCGAGCUUCAGGGAUGGACGGUACGCCUCGUUAGCUCCGCUACCAUGGACGCCGCGAUCAGCGCCGCAACCGCAUUCACCACCUGA